AUGACGAAGUUCAUCGUGAUUCUAAAUCAACACAAAUAUACCCAAGAUUUGAUUUCUUUGGCAGGUCUUCAGGAUUCCUGCUCUGUGGAUACUCCAUUAGAAUUGAAUGUAAAGUAUUACCGGGAGGAAGGCGAUCUUCUUCCUGAUCCAACUAUAUUUCGGCAAUUAGUUGGGAGCUUAAAUUACCUUACUAUUACCAGGUCUGAUAUCUCUUUUGCAGUUCAACAAGUUAGUCAGUUCAUGCAAGCUCUCCGUCAUCUUUAUUUGGUAGUUGUCCGUCGCAUCAUUCGAUACCUCCGAGGAACAUCUAAUAGUGGUUCGCCUAUUCGUCUUAAUGCUUUUAGUGAUUCUGAUUGGGCUGGAUGUUCUGACACUCGUCGUUCGGUUAUUGGUUGGUGCAUGUUUCUUGGAGAGUCUUUGAUAUCUUGGAAGAGUAAGAAGCAAGACCGCGUGUCAAAAUCUUUAACAGAGGCUGACUAUCGAGCAAUGUCUACUGCUUGCUCCGAGAUUGUGUGGCUUCGUAGACUACUUGCUGAGAUUGGAUUUCCUUAA